AACGACAUGCCACAUCAUGAGCUGUCACAACAUUCAUACUGAGGUGCAAAAUGGGUGUGACUUCAACUUGAAACAACAAAAAUCUGCCUGCAAUUUUCAAACACUCUCUCUCAACAGUUCUCCUUACAUCCCUCCCAAACUUUGUCUUUUUUCGCCCCCCUCCCACCCCUCGAGCCAACCUCACAAACACACACUCCCCCGUUAAACAUGUGUGUGUAUGUGUGUGUGAGUGUCCUCCUCCUUCAGUCUCUCCAUGGCUGGAUUGUGGCAGCAGCUCAGCUCCCUGUGGCAGGGUCGAGCUCCGGCUCUCCUCCACCUCAUCUGUCUUCUCUACCUAACCUCAGGUGCUCUUCCCUCGGAUACCAAAGCCAGCCCAACCCCUCUGGAGAGGUUUCAGGUAGUGAAGGGGAAUUUCUCUCGGAUUUUCCUCCAUGUUGGCUACCAUAAGGUUGCAGAGAUUCCUGCAGGAGCACGCAACAUCAGCAUACAGGAGACGAUAAAGAGCCGAAACUACCUGGCUCUGCAGACCAAAAGUGGUCUCUCCAUCAUCAAUGGCAACUGGGUGAUUGACAGGCCCGGGAUCUUUAUUGCUGUAGGAACACGGCUGACGUACCAACGACCCAAUGAAAUCCGCUCUCGCAACGGGGAGUCCAUCACUGCACCCGGGCCGCUGAUUGAGGACCUGCAUGUUUAUUUGAUCUACCAGCAACCAGGUCCCAGUGUAUACUAUGAAUACAGUGUGCCUUUACAAAUGGCUCACUCCACUCCUGAACCAGACGCACCUUCUGAUAUUCAGCCCCUGGGGAACAUAACACAUACCAGAUGCCUCUUGCAUACAUGGAACUGCCCCUGCCUACCUCAGUGA